AUGUCUUCCAUAAACAUCCGUCCAGCAACGCACGAUGAUAUUCCCCGAAUGAUCCACGUUUUCUUCUCCGCAUUCUCUUCCUCCCCUCUUAACAAGCGCUGCUUCCCUCCAUCAUCACAAGAAGUGCAAGCCUGGCAGGAAAAUCUCAUUCAACGGAACAUUGACGACAAGGAUGACAACUACAUGAUCGUCGCGGAACAGGACUCUUGUGUCCUCGGCUGGGCGCGCUGGGCUCGUAGAGAGCAGCCGCUACCUGGCAAGCAGCUCAAGCGCUCUUCGUUCCCGGCGUCGGGGGAUCAAGAAACUGCAAGGCAUUUCUUCCAGGCGAACAACGAUGCAGCGAUCAAGUAUAUCGCAGGGGAGAAGCAUUGGUUUCUUAGCACAAUUGCUGUUGCGAAGGAGGGACAGCGCCGAGGAGUGGGAUCCGCGUUGAUGAAGUUUGGUGUUGAGAGGGCUGAUGAGGAAGGCUGGAUGUCAUAUUUGAACAGCUCCGAAGAGGGAAAGGGGCUGUACGAAAAAUUCGGGUUCAAGGUCAGUGGAACCAGUGAGUUUGUUGAGCUCGGCAUGAUUCAGUAUCAUAUGCGGAGGGAAGCUGUCAGGAGUUGA